AAAAAGACAAAAAGUACGCUGAAAAAUGGGCUCAAACAACCUCGUAGGAGUGCUAGAAACGCUCCAAUCGUUGGCUCAAAAUUCGUGUAUUCGCAAUCCUCGUCCGCCAGCGGAUGCUACGAAUUCGUCACAACAAAGGAUCGGAUCGAACAAGACCAAGCGAGCCGCAGUUCUGGUCUGUCUCUUCGAAGGUCCCCAGGGCGAUCUUCGCGUCAUUCUAACCAAGCGAGCUUCGACCCUCUCUUCCCACUCUGGUGAAGUUUCCUUGCCGGGCGGGAAGAGGGAGGAAGACGAUGCUGAUGAUGUAGAGACGGCGCUGAGGGAGGCUAAGGAGGAGAUCGGCCUGGACCCUUCGCUUGUCAAUGUUGUUACCGAUCUCGAACCAUUUGUGACUAAGAAUGGUGUGGCAGUAGUUCCUGUGAUUGGCAUACUAUCUGAUAAGAAAGCAUUCUGUCCAAUUCCAAACGCUGCGGAAGUUGAAGCACUAUUCGAUGCUCCCUUAGAAAUGUUCCUCAAGGAUGAGAAUAGGAGAGUAGAGGAGAAAGAAUGGAUGGGAGACCAGUAUCUAUUACAUUACUUUGAUUACGAGUCAGAGAAUAACAAGUAUGUGAUAUGGGCUUUAACUGCCGGAAUCUUAAUUAAGGCUGCAUCAAUCGUUUUCCAGCGUCCACCGGCGUUUCUUGAGCGGAGACCUAACUUCUGGAACAGAGCUGCUGACAGCAACGCUACUUCAUAGAUCCAAAGCAAUUUUGAUGGGUCUUUUACCAUGUUACUCUCACUCGUGUACUUCAAAUAA